UUCUAUCAAGCGCUGCCCACGUAGCUUCUCUCUUGCUCUCUUUUAUCUAAACGUAUUUCUGUCUUCGAUUGCGUUCUCUUCCUAAGCAUUGCGACCCCGCCCGUCUCUACGCGUCCCCUCUUUUGACCCCGACACGUGAAAGCCGCGCGAAGAAGGAUAGAUAGCAUGUCUGAGACGCAGAAAACGGCGCAGGAGAAGCUGGCUGAGUCGACCAAGGCAGCGCCGACGAGUACAGCAGCGCAGCAGAGCGAUAAUGUAGCGCAUGCGCUCGCGGGUGCUGGAGGGGGUUUGCUGUCUAUGGCUCUGACAUAUCCCCUCAUCACCCUCUCCACCCGCGCCCAAGUCGAAUCGAAACGAGCGCAAUCCUCGACCCUCAACGCCGCCCGACGCAUCAUCAAGCGGGAAGGCAUUGCAGGGCUAUACGCCGGCCUCGACUCCGCGCUCUUCGGAAUCAGCGUUACGAACUUUGUAUACUACUACUGGUACGAAUGGACGCGCGCCUUCUUCGAAAAAGCGGCUCUCAAGGCUGGCCGCGCCUCCAAGAAGCUCACGACGGUCGAGUCUAUGAUUGCGGGCGCUAUCGCUGGCAGCGCGACCGUGCUUAUUACGAAUCCUAUCUGGGUUGUCAAUACGCGCAUGACGGCGCGCAAGUCCGAGUCUGAAGAGCAAGUGCUCCCCGGUGCGAAGCCCGCAAAGUCACCCUCUACAAUCGGCACACUGCUCUCGCUGAUCCGGGAUGAGGGGCCGGCGCGCCUCUUCGCUGGCGUCAUGCCUGCGCUGGUGCUGGUGAUCAACCCGAUCCUACAGUACACGGUAUACGAGCAGUUGAAGAACACGCUAGAGAAGCGGCGGCGCAUCACGCCAACAGAUGCGUUUUACUUGGGUGCGCUGGGCAAGCUGCUCGCAACGAGCAUCACGUAUCCCUACAUCACUGUGAAGAGCAGGAUGCAUGUUGCGGGCAAGGAUGGGCCAAAGGAGGAUAUGUUUACGACGUUUAGGAGGAUCAUUCGGGAGGAAGGGUACGCGGGUCUUUAUGGAGGCAUUGGACCGAAGGUAACCCAGAGCGUCAUUACGGCGGCUUUUCUGUUUGCGUUUAAGGAUGCGCUGUAUGCGUAUACCAUUACUGCGCGCAAGAAGCUUGCUCUCAGGGCGAAAUAGGCGCAGUCUCACCAUCGUAGCGCGCUCCAUACUGCGGCAUGUAUGGCAUGGCGGCAUGUGGGCGAGAUAUGGGUCCCUUAAGGGGCACCACGAUUGAAAUACAAGCUAGUGGGUAUGCACAUAGAAGGGUCAUAUACGAGGCCUUGGGAAUUCAGGCCAUCUUUUGCUCAGACACUGUAUAUAUUCGCACAGAAUGAAUUGCACGCAUGUUACUAACUGCGCUGUUAAGGGUUGGUAGUUGGGAUGAUAAAUAAGCAGCUUACUUCGGC